GUGGAGGAACAGAUAAAAAUGUUUUCCUGCAUCUCUGGCUUUUGUUACAUGAAGUUUAAAGUCACAGCUUUGAGCUGUGACCUCAUCCUUUCAUAACUAAACACCAAAGAAGAAGAGAUAAAAAAAAAACCAGGAGGAGUCUGUUCACUUAUUGCAUCUGAGGGGCAGAUUUAUUACUCCCUGGAAAACUACUGCCAGAUUGUUUAUACGUGUGAUGUGAGUGGAACCAGCGGAAGAAGACACAACGGACCGUAAGAGGAGAAUCUUUGCAGCAGAUUAUUCUGUUAUUCAACCAUCAUGUCUCAGCCUGAUCAGGAUAAGGAGCAGAUGCAGCGUCCUGCAGUGAGAGAGGAGGAUCUGACUGAAGCAAAGAACAAACUUGGCUCUUACGGGCCCACGAAGAGCAAAACAUACGAAGUGAUGGAGGAAUGUGAGAAAAUGGGGAAAGCUGCUCCAUCCGUGUUCAGUGGAGCGAGGUCAGGAGCAGAGACGGCUUUCAACUCCCGCUCAGCUCGACCCGUCAGGAAGUAAGAAACACCCCGAACAGGACCGGACACCAGCUGUUCUGUUAGGUGGUUGGAAAGUGUUUUAGUUGGGUGGCCGGGGGGAUUUGCAUGACUAAACACCCAUAUAAAGAAUAUCAGGAUACCAGAU